GGCGGGGCUGCGGCGCGCACGCAGGGCCUGGUCGGUGUCAUGGCCGCGUCCCGGCUGCCUCCGGCAGCGCUGACGCUGAAGCAGUUCUUGAGAAGGCAGCAAGUUCUUCAGUUAUACAGAAGAAUUCUGCAGGCUAUUCGUCAGGUACCUACUGAAACUGAUCGGCACUAUCUAAAGGAGUGGGCAAGGGAAGAAUUCAAAAGAAAUAAAGAUGCAACAGAUGAGGAUGCAAUUAGGAUGAUGAUUACUCAGGGCAACAUGCAGCUUCGGGAGCUUGAAAAAACACUUCAGCUGGCAAACUCCUAAUCUUAAUUCUGAGAGCCAAUGGACUUUCAUCCACUGUGGGAAGUACAGUACUUUCUCCAGGAUGCAGCACCUCAUCUUAUGCUAAGAUACCGGUAAUGUUUCAAGGUGGAAUACAGUACAAUACCAUUAUUUCCUUUCUCUUCUUGAGUCUGUUACCCUGAAUAUUUGACAAUCAUAGACAAAUUACUUGUGCCAUAUUUGUUCAAAUAAUCAAAAGUGUGGCAUAAUACUUACUGAGAGAGAAGCAGGAAGUACUGAAUAACAGCAGCAGUGCAAAAUAAAAAUAAAAAUCUGGUUUGAAUGUAUUUUCUGUUUGUUUUCUACAUUAGUUCUAAAUGUUACAAUCUUAUGGGAGUUGUCUCUAGAGUUCCGAAGUCCCAAACUCCUGAACUUUCUGUUUCAUAAUAAAUGUGUUCAAAAUACUAAGAAAAUUUCUCAUAUAUAGGUGGUAACUUGAUCCAGUUUAUUGUUUGAGGUAGUGUCUUUAACCAUGAUUAUGAUUG